GUCGGCAGUGUUCAGCUGUGUGUGAAUGAAGAAGAGUAAAUGAUGGAUCUUCAGAACUCCAGCAGUGGAGGAGGACCUCCUGUCCUAAAAAUAAACAACCAGGAUAUUUAAUAAAGAACAGUGUUAAACUGCUGAAAGAGGUGAAGCACAAGCCAUCCAGAAGAAUCUCCUGAAAACGCAGAAAUUGUUUGCUACAUUUCACAGACAGAUGGAGCCAAGUCCCAACAUGGAGAAACAUCAGCACUCUGUCAAGAGUUUUACUAAACAGAGCGAUACCAAAAAACACCAGCGCAUUCACACAGGAGAGAAACCGUAUUACUGCUCAGACUGUGGGAAGAGUUUUACUAAACAGAGUAAUCUCAAAAAACACCAGCGAAUUCACACAGGAGAGAAACCGUAUUACUGCUCAGACUGUGGGAAGAGUUUUACUAAACAGAGUAAUCUCAAAAAACACCAGCGAAUUCACACAGGAGAGAAACCGUAUCACUGCUCAGACUGUGGGAAGAGUUUUACUAAACAGAGUAAUCUCAAAAAACACCAGCGAAUUCACACAGGAGAGAAACCGUAUUACUGCUCAGACUGUGGGAAGAGUUUUAAUCAACAGAGUCAUCUCAAACUGCACCAGCGCAUUCACACAGGAGAGAAACCGUAUCACUGCUCAGACUGUGGGAAGAGUUUUAAUCAACAGAGUACUCUCAAACUGCACCAAGGCAUUCACACAGGAGAGAAACCAUAUCACUGCUCAGACUGUGGGAAGAGUUUUACUAAACAGAGUAAUCUCAAAAAACACCAGCGAAUUCACACAGGAGAGAAACCGUAUCACUGCUCCGAUUGUGGGAAGAGUUUUACUGAACAGAGUAGUCUCAAAAUACACCAGCGCAUUCACACAGGAGAGAAACCGUAUCACUGCUCAGACUGUGGAAAGAGAUUUACUCAACAGAGUCAUCUCAAAAUACACCAGCGCAUUCACACAGGAGAGAAACCGUAUUACUGUUUCGACUGUGGGAAGAGUUUUACUAAACAGAGUAAUCUCAAAAUACACCAGCGCAUUCACACAGGAGAGAAACCGUAUCACUGCUCAGACUGUGGGAAGAGUUUUACUGAACAGAGUAGUCUCAAAAUACACCAGCGCAUUCACACAGGAGAGAAACCGUAUUACUGCUCAGACUGUGGGAAGAGUUUUAAUCAACAGAGUACUCUCAAACUGCACCAGCGCAUUCACACAGGAGAGAAACCAUAUUACUGUUUCGACUGUGAUAAGUGUUUUACUACACAGAGUAAUCUCAAAAAUCACCAGCGCAUUCACACAGGAGAGAAACCGUAUCACUGUUCAGACUGUGGGAAGAGUUUUACUUUACAGAGUGAACUUAUAUUACAUCAGUGCAUUCACAAAAGAUAGAAAAUAGAGGUGUGCCAAAAAAUCGAUUCACAUAAGAAUCUUGAUUCUCAUUUACUACGAUUCAGAAUCGAUUUAAAAUGUCCCAAAAUCGAUUCUGAGGGGCGGGUUUUAGACUGAUUUUGGGCUGGGUAUUUUUGUUGGACCUGGCAACCCUGGGGAUAGCGCUUGUCCUUUCAAACGGAGAUCUUCCAGACACACACAGAGCGUAGGUGUUUGAGAAUCACCGGUAAGAUGGCAGAACAAGCACUAUAUUACAUUAGAUUAACGUGUAGUUUCAAUGUUUUAUGGCAGAAUGCUUCAUAACAAGCAUAAAAAAGAUCGCUAGUAGUUAGUUUCAGUAACUGUUAGCUAGCUAACUAGCUAACUUUCCAGUUCCACCUUAAAUAACGCUACAGGUGGCAGCGGGCUGCAGCAUUUAAGGCGGAACGGAAAAAUACAAUAAGCUAAUCAGAGCUAAUUUCAGCUCCUCAUCACAGAGGAAUUAAGGAAUGGACCAUAUGAAUUAAUUUCUCCACCUCCUGCCCCCUUUCUGAAGAAAUACAACGACCUUAAAUUAACUAGUUAAUCAGCAGCUGCUCCUGAACUUUAGCGCUCCACUGCUAUCAUCACAUCAGCCCAGCAGCGUCACCUACACACCACCGCUAGUAGCCUGGUAAUAAAGCAGUGUUAUUUAUUAUUUAUUUAUUGUUCAUUAACGUCAUUGUGAUAUCCCAGUGAUUCCUCUGUCACUGAGGACCCACAUUCCUGCACAUUUUAUUGUUUUUGUAACACAUUACCUGCUCCAGGACCAGUGUAUAUUAUGGAGGGUUUUUUUUCAAUAAGAUUCAUAAGCCAGAAGCAGAAAUUUUUAUAAUUCAAAUCGUUUUGAAUCAAAAAUCGAUUUUGAAUCGAAUCGUGGCCCCCAAAAUCGGAAUCGAAUCGAAUCGUGAGAUAGUAAACGAUUCCCACCCCUAAUAGAAAAGUAUCCCAAAUCUGUUCCUCUGCCAUAAAAAUGCAAACCUUAAAUCUUUCAGACAGUCAAAAACACCUCAUCAUGCACAAAAUCUUCACUCUGUUACAAGAAGUUCAUUUAAAAAUGGCUUUUUACAGGUUCAGAAAAAUGAAUCUUAUCCAGAGAUGAUGUUUACUGAAUUUCAUGCUGUGUUUUUAUGUUUGUUUGUAUACCUACAUUAGUUAAUGCCUGCAGAGCUCUUCAACACUUAGUGUUGUGUUUUAAGAGGUUUUUACACACAGAAUCAUAAAUGGUACCACUAACAGCAUAAACUAGGAACAUACAUUUUUACAAUUUUUUCAGUGAUAUGCUGAAUAAAUAGUAAAGCGAUGAUGCUAGCUCAGAGUAAAAUCGUAUAUUAAAUCUCAGCAUUAGCUUUAGAACUAAUAAUAAACAAAAGUGAGGAUUUUAUCAUUCUGGGACAUUUUUAGGUUUAAAAAUUGAAUAUGCUUUGCCAUAAGUAGGAAAUGAUCAUUUGGUCAACUUAUGUCAUUUACAGCCUUAACACAUUCUCAAUUGUUUACAUAUAAAAACUUUCUUUAUUUUUUCCUCCACUCCACAUUUGUAGUUUGUAGUUGGAGCGAGGGCACUGCCAGUGUUUGCUCCAGAUGUUAGAUUAGCAUUACUUAGUCUUUUAAAAUUUAGAUGUCGUAGUUUAAAGGAGUAGAGUAUUCUUAGGAGUAGAGAAUAUUCUUAGCUUGCAACAAAAGGCCAACAAAAUCCUUUUCAGAGUAAAAAAAAAAAAAAAAAAAACGGUCUAGCUGUAGUUUCCAUACUGAAAGCAACACUCAGCAGGCUAUGCAGCAAUAAGACUGCAGGAUCCUUGAUUCCCUCUACUGCACAUGUGUCAAACACAAGGCCCGCGGGCCAAAUGUGGCCACAUCCAAGCGAGAGCUUGUAAGAUCUUAGUGUCUGUAAUAAAUAGGUCAGAAGCGUUCUUUGACCAAAAACUACAUUUCCCACAAUGCUUGUCGAUUGUAUUACCCGCGAAGUUACGGCUUACUGCCACUACACGGCAGUGUAGUCAUUGAUGUGGAAACCCUGCCGGAGGGAAGGCGUAACUUCGCGGGUGGAAUUGAGACAUACAAACGUUUAUCCCAUAAUGUCCAGAAAAAGAAAAGUUGAUGCAGACGGAGGGCUGUGCUUCAAGGUGAAAGUGUCUCUCUGACAUAUCCUCAUGGAUGAGGGAGCAUCACCUUCAAUUAAAUCUCUCAAAGACUGAACUUCUGGUUAUACCAGCAAAACCAUCUUUUCAACACAAAUUCUCUAUAAGUAUCGACUCUCUCUCUCUCUCACCGACAAAGGUUGCUAGGAACCUGGGUGUUCUGGUUGAUGACCAACUCUCCUUCACGCACCAUGUGGCCUCAGUUGCUCGGUCCUGCCGCUUUGCGCUCUAUAACAUCCGAAAAAUUAGACCGUUCCUGACGCAACAGGCCACCCAACUCCUGGUGCAAGCGGUCGUCAUCUCACGCCUCGACUACUGCAAUGCCCUGCUAAUUGGCCUCCCGGCCUGUGUAGUAAAACCACUCCAGAUGAUCCAGAACGCAGUAGCACGUCUGGUCUUCAACCAGCCAAAACGGGCACAUGUCAAACGGGCACAUGUCACCCCGCUGCUCAUUGAGCUCCAUUGGCUACCAGUUGAUGCUCGCAUCAAAUUCAAAGCUCUUACAAUCGCCUACAAGGUGAUGACAGAACAGGCUCCUUCCUACCUGCACUCGCUCCUGAAGGCUUACGCUACCUCCCGGCCUCUGCGCUCCUCCAAUGAACGUCACCUCGCUUUGCCAAACAUGCACACAAAGCAAUCCAGACUGUUCUCAUACAGAGUUCCCCAAUGGUGGAACAAACUACCCUCCACUACCAGAUCAGGAGAAUCUCUCGCUAUCUUUAAGAAACUCCUGAAGACAGAGCUCUUCAAAGAGCACUUACUCUCUUAACACCUCUAACACACUAACUACUUCUAACCUCAUUUCCUUCUUCCUCUCCUUCACUCCUCUAUCCUAUUAUUCCCCUUUGUCCUCCUUUUAUCCCUAUCCAAAGAUGUUUUACCUUUAAACUUAUUUUACAUUGUACUUGACUAUUGUAAGUCGCUUUGGACAAAAGCGUCUGCCAAAUGUAAUGUAAUGUAAUGUACUGAAAGACCGGUAUGCCUUUUGUGUUACGAAGAGUGUUACUGACCAAAAUAAACGCUUGUUAGGAGAGAUAUAAGUUCUGUGUAAAUAUUUAUAAGACAAUAGCUGACAAAAUCUGUUUUAAUGACGUUAAUAAACAUCACUGUGACAGCGCUAGUCGCAGUUUCACCUCAGCAAAGGAGGAGCACGUGAAUCACUAAUCUAACCAGCCUUUACUGAUUUCUGCCCCCAAUAACCCUUUCAAUAACCUCCAAUAGCCUUUAAUUAGUCUUCAGUAGCCUUCAACAGUCUAACCUUGCAGCCGUGGUGUGUUCUAAACUCCGUAGUUAUAAACAUCCUGAGGUUAGCAGCGCGCUAACUGACCUAUUUAUAAUGUUAUGCGAGCAGUGACUCCGUGACGGCUGCGCUAAACUGCUGCUGUUAGCUGCUUGGGCUGAAAGAUGAACUGUAGAGAGCUGUAUUAUUCGGUUAGUGGGGUUAAAAUCUUUAUUUUCUACACAGAAGAAUUUUAAAAACUGUAAAAACGCUCCAGACUGGCUCAGCUGAGCCCUGUAGCCCGUGGCUGGGCUGUAGCUCUGACUGAGUAAAGACUGCGGGCUUGUGCUGCUGCUGCUGCAGCUCCGACUAGUGGUUGUAUGAGGAACUGCUAAAUCUGAGGAAAUGCUAAAUCUAUCACAUGUUCUUAACAGCUCACAAUUUUUAAUUUUAUAUUUAUUAAGCCUUAUUUCAGUAUCAAACGUUUUGAUCAAAGUUAAUGUAACUUGUAUUUUAUGUCAUUCCUAUUCACUUGAAUAGUUUGGUUCUUGAUUGAUGGAGUUUUUGGAUUUCAUAACAUGACAAAUUAAAAGGAUUUAUGUUAAUAGAGCAACAAGCAAACAUUUUUUCCAUGCAACUGUAAUAUUUGAUUGAAUAAAUAGUAUAUUGAGAGUUAUUUAACAUUAAGGAGUAAUUACAUUCAUUUUAUAUUACAUUUGGUUACAUUUUAUUACAUUUAUAAGUUACAUCUGGCCCUCAGUGGACAGCCAAUAUGCCAAUGUGGCCCUCGGCCAAAAUGAGUUUGACACCCCUGCUCUACUGGUUUUCUCAUUGGUCUAUGGUUCAGUCAGUCUGAUUAAAAAUCUGCAAGUUAAUCUACAGGGAUAUUUGGUUGUGUUGUGUUGCUAAAGUUAUAUACUCUGUUAUCUUUUCCUUAUUUGGUAUCGUUUUGCUAAAGGUUUUUUUUAUAUCUCUAAAGGUACUAAAAAUAUCUAAUCCAUUUACUUUAUUGAUUGUUUUAUCCAGUACCAGCUAUUAUCGUUGUUUUACAUCACCUUAUGUAUUUACUCAUAUUCAUAUCUAUGUGAUUCAAUAAAAGGCUUUUAUAUUGCAAGAUCUGCAAUCUUAUCUAUUCUUUCAACUUAAGCAUUUAGCCAAAAGCUUUUGUACACAGCCAAACAUACAUUCAAGCAACCACUAUAUACAGUGCCUUGCAAAAGUAUUCGCCCCCCCCCUUGAACUUUUCAAACUUUUGCCACAUUUUGGGCUUCAAACAUAAAUAUAUGAUUUUUUUGUUUGUUUUUUGUGAAGAAUUAACAAGUGUGUAAGAAUACGGAGGAGUUUUGCCUUACUAUGUUCAUUGUUCAUUGAUUAAAGGGUUAAUCUGUGUGUAACUAAAUCAGCAUUUCACUUAAUCAGUAUGUUAUUCAAGCAUUUAGCACGAUUCAUGAUGAUUCACAUUGUGACUUAGAAUGUAUGUAUAUUGUGUCCUUGUGCUCAAAGCAAGGCCAUUUUUCUUGCAACUUAGCAUGAUUGAUUUUUUCCAGCGGAACCAUGAGUUUCUGUACAUGUAAUCUAUAGUCUGAUAAGGUUGGGGUGACCGAGUUCUCGGCUGACGUAUAGGAUGAAUAACUGCUUAUCAGUAUCAGGAUCCGGGGGGUGUGAGGAGCCUCCUCACACACCAUUAGACUGAGGCCAGGCGAAUGCCUGUUUUUAUUAGACUCUGUCUAGGAAGAAGAGUAGAGUUGGGCGGGAGAGCUUCUCCCGAGAGGGACUACAGAGCCACAGGUCCUGUUCACACAGCCGAGAACUCUGGAAACCCCAACUUUUCUCACCUUUGGGGUUUUCCUCUUAUUUUCACCUUUUUAUUUCAAUUCAAUUUUCCAAUAAUCUUUUUACUCAAUUUUUGAUGUAUCCAAAAAAACUGUUUUGCUCAGAAGAUUCUUUGAAUAAAAUCUGACGGAACUACAA